AUGUAUAUGCUCAUGCUGCUCAAUCAGUCGACAGUAAAGAGAAAACCUCUAGUUAUUCCUUACGUAAAGGAAAUCAUGUUUCUUCCUAAGCUUUCGCAGUUUUUACCUAGUGAGAGAGUAGCUUAUUCGGUUUGGCCGCACAUUAGGGGUCUUGAACUGGCUGAUCCUGAUUUCGCAGAGCCUCAAAAGAUAGAUUGCAUACUUGGUACUGAUGCUUACUUGGCGGUAAUUCUCAGCGGUCUUACUCGAGGACCUAAGAACACCCCAGUAGCUCAGAAUUCAGCCUUCGGUUGGCUUCUGACUGGUCCAACGUUAAGCCAUUCUUGUAGCUGCCAUACAGCACAAGUGCGUGCUUUCCACGUACACACCGAACCUCCUAUCUCGGAAAACCUUCAAAAGUUUUGGGAGAUUGAGAAGGUGCCCCGUAAAUCCCUACUGACGGAGGACGAGAUCUAUUGCGAGAAGUUAUUUGUUCAAACAUAUUCACGUAACAAGGAAGGUCGUUUUGUAGUUCGAUUGCCUCUUCGCAGCAAUCCUGAAUUUAUAAGCUCCCGAGAUAUUGCAGUGGCUUGUUUAUUACGCUCUGAAAAGCGUCUUCGUAGCAAUCCAGACCUCGCAGAAUCAUUUGUUUUCACUACAGACGUCGUGCAGAUGUUUAGACAGAUCUUGGUGCAUGCUAACGAUAUGGACUGGCAACGAGUAUUAUGGCGCUCAUCAACUGAUCAGCCCAUUCGUAAUUAUAAGUGUGUUACAGUAACUUAUGGCACAUCAUCGGCCCCAUACUUGGCUCUAAAGGUCAUCCAGCAGCUGGCAGUGGAUGCCACAGAAUCUCACCCACAUGCGUCCGAGAUAUUACGACACAAGCUCUACGUCGAUGACCUCUUCGCAGGCGCUGACACGAUCGAAGCAGCACAAGAGUGCCAAGAUCAACGUAUACAACUUUUGGCCUCCGCUGGUAUGCUUUUGUCUAAGUGGGCAACAAACGAUUCAAGGGUUCUGCAAGGUCUAGCUUCAGUCUCAGCUAAGGAGAUAAGUUUGAAGCUCGAUGAGGUAAUAUCAACUUUAGGCCUGAAGUGGCUACCUAAUCUUGAUGUCUUCACAUUCACCACAAAGCCCGUCUCUGGUAAUGGAGAAGACACUAAGCGAUCUAUCUUGUCUGUGAUUGCUCGUCUGUUUAACCCGCUCGGAUGGUUGGCCCCGACAAUGGUAAUUGCCAAAAUAAUUUUACAGGAUCUUUGGCUCAACAAUCUCAACUUUGACUCACCGGUGCCUGAGGCUAUUAAUCAUCGCUGGGCAAGCUUUCGUAAUGAGCUCCGAGAAGUCUCGCUCAUACGGAUACCCCGCUGGCUCGGAGGAAGAGAGAAGGACGAAUGGCACUUGCAUGGCUUUGCUGAUGGGUCAAAGAGAGCGUACGCAGCAGCCCUAUACGCAGUGACACCAGGCCAAGCUGUGCAUCUACUCUUUGCCAAGACCAAGUUGGCUCCCACGAGGGUACAGACGCUCCCCAGGCUCGAGCUGUGCGGCUGUACUCUCUUAGCUCGCCUGGUCCAACACUUGCUGGAAAAUAUACCAACAAAGCCAAUCAGUAUCAACUGCUGGACAGAUUCUAUUGUCGUCUUGGAGUGGUUGAAGAGUCAUCCCUCUCGAUGGCCUACUUUCGUGGCUAACAGAACCAGCGAAAUACUCACCGGACUGCCUGCAGCAGUGUGGCGGCAUGUAAGAUCCGAAGAUAAUCCUGCAGACUGUGCUACACGUGGCUUAACUCCGGCUGCUCUUGCAAAGUACGAUAUUUGGUGGAGGGGACCAAAAUGGCUGAUACAAAAAGAAAGUAUCUGGCCUUCUCUCACAUCGCCCCAGAUGCCUGACCAAGUGAAGCUCCAAGCCUCUGCAAUUCAGAGAAAGCCGCCCGAAAAUUUGAAGCAAGCUGUGAACCCUGAAUGUCUUCCGUCGCUUCAAAAGUUCUCCUGCUUUGCCAAAAUUAUCAGGAUUAUCGCCUACUGCUGCCGUUGGCGCUUACGUACCGUGCAUAAGCAAUUGAUGCUAUCCGACGUGCCUCUAGCAGGCGAGGAGCAGAAAUUAGCAAGGACUUAUUGCUUUAGAGCAAUUCAACUACAGCAUUACCAAACCGAGAGGCAAAAUUUGGCUGAUGGUCAAACUGCCUCAAAACGCAGUCCAUUUAGUCGGCUUAGUCCCUUUCUCGAUGACCUAGGCCUCAUUCGAGUAGGAGGAAGACUCUAUCACUCGUCGCUGCCUUAUAGUGAGAUGCACCCAAUCAUUCUACCAGGCAAUUGUCAAUUUGUAAGGCAACUCGUUGAAGAAGCGCAUCGACUUACGUUGCACGGAGGAGUGCAAUUAAUGCUGUCGCAUCUGCGUCGAUCUGUGUGGAUUAUCAGAGGGCCACGAGUCGCCGCAGGAGUGCUACACCGAUGCACCGUCUGCACUCGUUUUGCAGCAAAAAGUAGUGCACAGCAGAUGGGACAACUACCAGCAGCUCGAGUUACCCCUGCGCGUCCCUUUGCACACACAGGUGUGGAUUAUGCAGGACCCACCUGGAUCCUAUUCUUAAGAGGACGAGGCGCCAAGUCUACAAAGGGCUAUCUUGCAAUUUUUGUUUGCAUGGUUACCCGUGCCGUGUACAUUGAAGUAGUGUCCGACCUUACCACGGACCUAUUUAUUGCGGCUUACGCAAGAUUUUGCGCGCGACGAGGCGUGUGCGAUGUCCUGUAUUCGGAUAACGCCACCAACUCCAAGGGUGCGGCCUCAGAGCUCCAGCGGAUGUUCAGCAGAUCAUCAAACUUCACCGCCAGCCUGAUCGAGAGAUUGUGGGAGGCUGCAGUGCGCAGUGUAAAGUAUCACCUCACUAGAGUCAUCGGAGAAACAAGGCUAACAUUCGAGGAGCUGUCGACCUUAUGCGCCAACAUCGAAGCCUGCCUAAACUUCAGGCCGCUUUGCACUCUCAGCAAUGAAGUCUCUGCAGAGCUCACUCUUACGCCAUCACACUUUCUCGUCGGUUCUGCGUUACUGUCUCAUCCCGAGUCUUACGACGAGUUGCAGCAACCAAUUCGCUGGAGAAAGGAGGUACUCUACCAGCACUUAAAGCGCAACAAAUGGCUAAAGCCCCAACCCAAUAUCGCCAAGGGCGACGUCGUUAUUAUCAAAGACGAACUCUCACCCCCAGCUAAGUGGCCCUUGGGAUUAGUUACCGCUACACACCCAGGUGCUGACGGACUUGUACGAGUCGCUACGAUCAAAACGGCCGACACCAAGUUUGAUCGACCUAUCGUUAAGCUUAUAAAAUUGCUUGACGAGCCAGAACUGAAUGAGUGUUUCAAGGACGAAGUGAAUUAG